AUGCCCGACAUACACAUGUAUACCCAACACCCUCAUACAGAGGCUAUCCAACACACUACUUCUGCAGAUAUGGCACAUCUGCGUUCAGCAACGGUCUCAGUGGUAGGAAGCCAAAACUUUAUUCACCACUCUCAACAACAGCAACAACAACUACAGCAACAACAACUACAGCAAUUCCAACAACAGGCCCAACAGGCUCAACAACCAAUCAUCCCAACAAGAUCGCAGCAGAUGAACUAUUCUUCUCUUUACCCUAUCGUUCCAACCAAUUCCUCAUCUGUUCUUUACCAUCACCCCAAACAAAACCUUACUGCCUCGGCAAUACAAGACCAUUCAAACUCCCCGCAACCCCAAAAUUUUAUCCACCAGUUGGCGAAACAAAAUCCUAAUCAAGUUUACUCGAAGAUCCACUCUCCAAUCAGUAACCUCUCAAAUUCAAACCAACAAAACCUUCAACCUCAUCAGCAAUCUUUACCGCCCCCAUCGCAGUAUCAACAGCGUAUAUAUCAACCAAAGAAUAUAACUCCACCUUCGGCCAAAUCAAGCUAUAGUUAUGUCUCUCCUUACACAUCACAACCUAUUGGAUCACAACCUGUCAUUUCACAAUCCCUUGUAUCUGAAGAAAUACCUUCCCCAAAGGUAUUGCCUCAGCACGUGCAACCCCAGCAGGCAACUUCAGUUUUACCAUUAAAAGUUGAGGAUAGUUGGUAUGUGCAAACAAAGUUAACCCAACCUUAUUUAUCGACUUUAAGUGAAUAUCCAUAUAGUAACUCCAAUAUGAAUAUCAAUGCCAAUGCAAACCCAAAUUCAAGUGUCAAUGCAGCCGUCAGUUAUCCACCAUUGCCACAUCAACUAUCCCACCAUUCCUCCUCUAGUGAUUUGCAAAUACCAGUCAAGAGGGGCGAGCAAUACACCAACAUAUAUGAUAACAAUAUUAUCAAUGUUAACAAUCCCAGCAUUAACACUACCGGCUAUAUGACCAACGGCAGUAGUAUCAAUACUAGCAGUAGCAAUAGCAAUAACAACAACAUAAACUACACAGCUGGUUUAAGUUAUCAAUUGGGUUAUGAUAAUACAAUCUCACAAACCCAACAGCCUUUGCAUAGUAGGAGCAGUAGUAAUUCCAAUAUGAAUUUGGUCACCAAUACCAACUAUAACAUCAACCAACGUUCACCAUACAACAAUCCUCCUUUGGCUUAUUAUAAUCUUCCCCAAUACACGUUAAAUGGCUAUAACAAUAGCAGCUUUAAGGAUGCGAUUGGCAAUGGAACUGGUCUCAGAAAACGGGGGUAUGAUGAAAUACAAAAUUUUGAGGUAAAGAAAUCAUCGAUUGCUGGCGUGAUAUACAAUUCCAAUGCUGUUUUUAAAAGGCUAAAGCCAAAUACAAAUGAGGAGAAAAGUGAAAGUCUAUUUAAGGAGGAAACAAAUAGAAGUCAGGGUAGACCAUUCAGUAGUAAUUUACAGUGCAGGUUCUGGCUACAUGAUAACCUGAAGAGUCUACUGAAUCAUGUGGACAAGAAGAACAACAAUGAAUUUAUUGUCUAUGAUAUGAAGAACGAAAUCAAACUAGAUAAUAGUAACUGUACCGGUUUGUAUUCUAGGCUUGAAGAUUCACCAAUAUAUCAGAUAUUGCUGAAAAACCUACAAGGUAGUUUGAACAAUGACUCUAUCUUAAGAACUGAUAUGAUCAAUGACAAGCUGAAUUCUGACGUAUCAAUGGAGGCAUUAGAUAAGUUUAUGAAUUGUAGACACAACGAUGUCAUGAAGGUCGAAGGAUAUAGGGAACAAUUUACACCAACGCAGAAAAACAUUUCAUAUCAAUCCAAAAACGACAAGAACAAGGCCUGUGGCAAGAGAACAAUCAACUUCCACAAUCUCAUCAACGAGGCCUUCAAGAACGAUGAAGAUUAUGUGUUUGUCAAGACAAUCCGGGAUAACAAUGGCCACAUCCUCAAACUUGAGACAAUCAAGCCACCAGUUGAUAAAGAUGGUCGGUACUGUUAUACUCCGGAAUGGGUCAAGCGCAGAAUCUGUUAUCCAAGGUAUAAGGGCGGCAUGAAUCUGCACCUGUUGAGUUCGAGGUACAACUUUGUAUUAUACAACGAUAUAAAGAUGUUGUUGUGGGACAUCAAGGAGGAGCUCUUGACACGAAGUGAGAAAGAGCUCAAUGAGAUGUUGGAGAAGGGGUGUUUGAUUGACGACCGGCUCAAGAAGAGUCUCUUUGGAGACAGGACCGUGUACACUUAG